GUCCAUGUUUGCUGGAAUUUUAGCAUUGAAAAAUGCCCCAAAAAAAUUCAACUUUUUAAUUUUCUUUUUGGUGUUUCACCUAAUAAGUCAAUCUUUCAACGUCGUCCAAGAAAACCCAUUAAUGGCAGCGUUAGAAUAUAGUGGCCACUCCAACUUUACCUUUGCAUAUGAAAAAUCUCUUCCAUUGAGAGAAAGAGAGAGAGAGGGAGAGAGCAAAUCCUUCAAUCAAAACCAAGCUCGAUUUCAAGGUAAUUAGAUUUUAGCAAAGUAACAAAGGGGAUGGCUGAAAGGAGAAAAGUUCGUCCAGAUUGUAUUUAUGCUUCAAAUCCAUUUCAUGAAUGCACUGACUAUUGCAUUAAAAAAACAGCUGAAAGCAAGGCAGGAAAGGAUAAAAAAUCUAAAGGAUCUUUUAGGCUUGAUAUUUCCAAAUCUUUUGGAAGGAAGAAGGGAUCCCGACCAAAGCCUCCAAAAGACGUUGACGGUGGACGGUACUCAAGCACAGUUCCUAGUGAACCGCUAUCACUCAACUCACGUAUCUCUCCUAAGAAGAAGGUAGAAUCUAUAAAUGGUGGUCACAUAUCCCCUGCCAAAAGAUUUUAUUCAGAAGAAAUUCAUCCUGAAGAUCCUAGUCUUAAUGUUGAGCAACAUGAUACGCCUCGAAUUCCUUCAUACGAUAGUCUCAUGAUGCCUGAGUAUUCAGUGGAUUCACCAAAGAAGGGUUCCAUUCGGAUGCUUGAACAGAUGUCAAAUAAUAAGAAUGGGGGUGGGAAUCAUGAAACUUUUUUUGAUAAUCGUACACCCAACGGCAACAACGGUAAAGAAAGAUUUCGAAAGCAAUCUAGUGAAUCUAGCUUUAGCUUGUCUGGCUUUGAGCAAACUCUAGUAGACAGUGACGAGGAGGAGAUUGAGUCUGUAAAUUCUGAGCAGUGUGUUCCUGUGGGAAAGUACCAUGUAAAAUCCAGCUUUUCUUCCAUUCUGACAUCGAUCUUCGAAAAGUACGGGGAUAUUGCAGCUACCUGUAAAUUGGAAUCAGUUUCCAUGCGCUCAUACUAUCUAGAGUGCGUGUGCUAUGUGAUUCAAGAAUUGCAAUCUACUGAGUUUCACCAACUAACCAAGUCCAAAGUUAGAGAACUCUUGGCAAUUUUCAAAGAUGUCGAGUCCUCAGAAAUCAAUAUUACAUGGUUAAAGAGUCGCAUUAAUGAAAUUGCACAAGCUGUAGAGCUGAGAAGUCAGCAUCGAGCCAUUGAUGCUGCAAAGACAGACUGUGAGCAGAAUUUGGAAUCAAUAAAGAAAGAACUAGAUUCCCAAAUGGCUGAUUUGGCAUUGAAAGAAAAAGAGCUUUCUGAUGCAAAGACAAAAGUAGCAGAAACAGAAGCUCGGUUAAGUGAAUUAGAGCUGAAAUCAUCUCAGCUGAAAGAAAUGAUCUCAUCCAUCGACUCCAAGGUAGAAAAUUUUAGAUGCAAAUCAUUCUCUGAUGAUCUGUUAUGAUAUGGGAAAGGAAGUAUUACCAUUAGAUUAAUAACAUCACUUAUAGAUCAUUAUCAUUUGUCAUUUUAGCUAUAUAGGUGUUGUUAACACAUGUUAUGGAUAAUGUUAAAGCUGUAUCAUCUUAGUGUAUUGCAUAAUGAAGCAUAUCAUGUAGUUAAAGAUUUCUCCUGUAUCCAUAUUUUAGAAAAAGAUUAAGCUUAUGGGUUCUGUUUGUUUAGGUCCA